AUGAGCUCUUAUUUUGUAAACUCAUUUUGCGGUCGCUAUCCAAAUGGCCCGGACUACCAGUUACAUAAUUAUGGAGAUCACAGCUCGGUGAGCGAGCAAUACAGGGACUCCGCCAGCAUGCACUCCGGCAGGUACGGAUACGGCUACAAUGGCAUGGACCUCAGCGUCGGGCGCUCUGCUUCCACUCACUUUGGUGCCAAUGAGAGACCCCGCAGUUACCCGGCCAACACCACCUCUGCCUCGACAGAGCCCAGGUACAACCAGCCCGCGACGUCUUCCCACUCGCCUCCCCCUGACCCUCUGCCCUGCACCGCCGUGGCCGGUUCGCCUGUCAGCGAGAGUCACCACGGGGUGAAAAACUCCCUCGCCAACUCCACCAGCACUUCGUCCAAUUCCAGCAGCAACACGCACAUCAGCAGAGACGGGGUUGGCACCUCGUCUGGGACUGAGGAAGACACUCCAGCGAGCAGCGAGCAGGCAAGUGCCCCGACCGACCAAAGCACAGCCCAGCCUUCACAGCCCCAGAUCUACCCCUGGAUGCGAAAACUGCACAUAAGUCAUGACAACAUAGGGGGACCAGAAGGGAAAAGGGCUCGGACUGCUUACACCCGCUAUCAGACCUUGGAGCUCGAAAAGGAAUUUCACUUCAAUAGAUACCUGACCCGCAGAAGAAGGAUUGAAAUAGCACAUGCUCUUUGCCUCUCUGAGAGACAAAUAAAGAUCUGGUUCCAAAACAGGAGAAUGAAAUGGAAAAAGGAUAAUAAGCUGAAAAGUAUGAGCAUGGCAGCUGCAGGAGGGGCAUUCCGUCCCUAAGCGUUUGAUCAAUUAAAAGUACUGAGCAGUAUUAGCUGACCCUGCGUCGUCUCAUGUCAGUACUAAGUUGACUUUCUAAAACUUCCUUGUGUUACUUCUGUGAAGAAACCCUGUUCUUGUCGCCCUUAUUCAUCUUUUAAUCAUGAGCCUGUUUAUUACCAUUCUCUCGCGUGUAUAAGUAGAUCUGCUUUUAUCGUACAUUUCUUUGUCUUGAAUGGCUUUGUCUUGAAAAAAAUAAUAGAUGUUUUAACUUAUUUAUAUGAAGCGAGCUGUGUUACUUGAAGUAACUGUUAAAACAAAACAAAACUAAACAAAAAAGAACAAAAAGGAAAAAAAAUAAGUUAAAAAAAAAGGAGAGAGAGAAAGGAAACCCUCCCCCGGUUUAGUACAAAUGUUAUGUGUUGCACUCAACCUGCUUAACUGUGCAUGUGUGGUCAAGUGUUAAUGUCUGUAUAGCUCCAAGCUGUUAAAAAUAUUUUUAUUCAAACUACCUAUAUAAUUCCUGUGUAAUUAAUGCUGUUGUAGAGGUGAAAUGAUGAAAUCAACUGAACUUGUCCUACGUGUAGUGAAUAGUGAAUCUGUGACGAAAACUGUGAUUCCAAGCAGUAUGUCCUUGCUGUGCCUUUGUAUAUGACUCUUUGCACGAACUCUUAGAAGUGGCUCUUAUUAAGCGCAGCUUCUGUGAUGUAUGUUUUUUGUGAACAAAGUUACAAAUAUAGUCAAAGUCUGGCUGUUUGAGCAAACUGUGAUCAGCUUUUUUUUUUAAUUAUUAUUAUUAUUAUUAUUAUUUGUUUUUAAAAAAAACUGACUGGAAAUCAACAAAAAAAUAAACUUUCUAUUGUAAAGUUUUUGUGAUCUGAUUUGUGCAAAGCAAGAAGUUGUGCUUCCUGAUUUGCCUCUGAAAAAGAAAAAAAAAAAAAAAUUAGCCCGUGCAGAGUUUGUUGUAAUAUUUUACCUGGCUCCUACUGCACGUUGCAUAUGGUGGAUGCUGCAAUUGUCCGCUACCAGGAUUUUUAAUUGAAAGUUUGACCAUAAGUUCUUCCUUGCCUGUUUCUCGCUAGGUGGAAAGCUGCAUCGCAGGACCACAAUCAACACCCUUUGUGGCUGAAUCAACUGUUAACUGUUUGCUGAUGGUUGCAAUUAAAAAAAAAAAAAAAAACCAAACCAAAAAAAAAAAAACCACCACAACCCAAACCCCAAAACAUGUGCUUUGUUAAAAUACACUGCGAACUCCGGGGUGUGUUUGCAUGGCUCUAGAAUUUCUCCUGUGGUUUCAUUAAGUAUAUUUUAGGACAGACACGUCCAAGCCCUCUGCGUCUAUUAGGAACUCUCUCUAGCCACAUCCCCACUCUUUAUAAAGAUUUUUGGUUUUCUUCGCUACAAUUAGUUUGCUAUAAACGCAAUGUUACUUACCCCAUCAGAGCUUGAAUGGUUAACUCUUCUGAGCUUCUAAGACCAACUAAAGAUUUGCACAUUUACUGACUGGUUACAUUGAUGCCUUCCCUUAAAAGUUAUAAAACAGUAAACUUUAUA